UCGUGGUUGUUUAGUUUGAUAAAAGACAUAGCGCUUGUCGGUCGAUGGUCGUUAAACGCGGCGAUUUUUGUGGCGUCGCUUAUAAGCAGCGUACAUAAAAUACAUAUGUAAAUGUACAUAUAUAUAUUCGGUGUUAAGUGAUUUACAGUUCGAAUUUGUUGAUGUGAAUUGUGUGACUCUAUCAAUAAUUUUAUUUAAACGUAUUUUAUCGUCCUAGUCUAUGUACACAUAUAUUGUUGUAGAUGUUGAAUAAAAUAAAAAAGAUUAAAAUUAAAUAGACAAAUUAUUCAUAAUUGGCAGAUGGAUGUCAUAAAGAAGUUGUGGAUUAAGGAAUAGAUUGAUGAAUGCGCUCCUGCUUUCCCUCACAUUAACUUGGAUAUCUGCAUAAAUAUCAUUAAAUUUGCUUAAAAAUGCGCGAGCGAAGCCACACAACUCCCCGACGGCGUGGUCCAAAAAUGCCGCUCCCGACUCCGCGGCGUGAACACUAUGAUGAACAGCUUGAAAUAUCUGAAUCCCCAUAUUACACCAUCGACAACACAGAAGACAUUUAUGGCACCACACUCUUGCCAUCACAGCGUUGUUAUGUAGAUCCAUGGGAUUUGGAAAAUUAUGACUAUGUCAGAAAAAAACUGUCCUCCACGCCCGUUCGAACUUCACCUGAACCGUAUUACGACACUUCGUUGUCCACUAGUCCGUAUCACAUGCUGCGCUCUCCACACUCAGAACUUCAUGCCGAUUUACCAAUGGCACCUCCACGUCGUCUAGCCGCUACCAUGCCAAGAAAUCGACGCCGUUCGAAUUGGAAUGAUUCAUGCCAACUAGAUUGUUGCGCAUCGCCCAUGCCAAUGCUACAGCGACGCCGUUACGAGGAUACUCCUAGCGAACUUUACGGUGUUGGUCGUGACAAAUACGAAGAUUACAUAUCACAUAUGAUGAUGAACUUGGAAGCAGAAGAAGAUGUUUAUACUGGUUAUGGAGGCAUAUCCUCAUCGUCCUCAACUGAAUUGCAUAGCUCCAUUGGUGAAGAGCACUAUCAAUCAUCGACAAUGAUAUCUCGUAAAACUUCUGGUUAUGAUGCCUUAACACCAAGAUGCUCAAGACCAUCGUUUAAUAAACCAGCACCACAAUUGGAGUUUCCCGCCCCACCGUCAUUACCCCCACCACCCUCUUCUUGUGCAUACUCCAAUACUUAUGCAACUCUUCCCUAUUGUAGCGUAUCGGAAUGUUAUGAUUGCUCCUUAAUCUAUGGCACUUCACCUGCACUAUAUGGCUUUUCAAGUGGUAGUGAAGAGAGUGGCAUUAAGGGAAAUACAUUAUAUGGCAGUACCAUGGGGCGAAGACCGCCCUCGUCGCUCUACAGCGGAAUUUAUGGUCAUAAAUUCGGGUUGAGCAAGAAGGGGCUUCUUCAAAUCGACUAUUCAUGCAGUUGGAAUGAUCUGGAUCGCAUCAUGGGUCGUCACUAUUGAAAUUUAUAACCGUUAGAAUAACGUUCAUGAAAUUGAAAGAUAUAAAAAAAAAUUGUUAUUGUUGUAAACACCAUAUACAUAUGUACAUAUACAUCUAUACAGCU